CAUGGGUGUGUCCACCGCCGGCAGACCUCAGUCUAUCCACCUGCAGCCGCCGCUUCGCCAGCACUACGCGCCCGACCGCCGCCGCGCCGCGCACGCAGGAGCGUCCUCCGCGCCGCUCGUCUCCAGAAACAACUCUUUGUUUCCAGUCUCCCUCGGGGAUAAAGGCAAAUCCGCUGAUGCGAUUUAGAGAUUACUUGAACUCAAAGCGGCCGCGUCAAGUUAAUUUAGAUCCAAGCUUUGUUUCUCUCUGGGAUAAUCGUGCAGGAUCUGCGGCCGAUACGCCGAGACUCGCGCGUGCGGACGGACGGAUGAGCUCGAAGACCUGGGUGGAUGUUUUUUAAUGGUGACCGGCUUCGUUAAAAUCUUCACCGAAAAUUAAGACACGAAGUGAAACGACACGUUUCAUGGCCAUUUCUGCACCAAAACCCUCUGAAGACAUAAACGGAUCCAUUGUUGACUUGCGCUCAUCUCUGUGUCCCAGCUCGUCUCCUCGUCUCCCCUGUUAACAAGCGCAGGGACCAUGCUGUGGGACAAGCUAUGCUGGCUCCUGGCCCUGCUGGCCUCCUCCUCUGGGGCCCUGCCCCCCUCCAACGAGGCCCUCUCCGCUCCAAGAAUCUUCCUGUCCUUCAAAGAGGUGAAGUCGACCGGCACUGCUCACCACUUCUCCUUCCUGCUGAACUCCACCGACUACCGGAUCCUGCGCAUGGACGAGGACCACGACCGCAUGUACGUGGGCAGCAAAGACUACAUCCUCUCCCUGGACCUGCACGACAUCAACAAGGAGCCGCUAAUAAUCCACUGGCCUGUCGCCCCACAGAGGAAGACGGAGUGUGUGCUGUCAGGGAAGGACACCAACGGCGAAUGCGGAAACUUCAUCCGCCUGAUUGAGCCGUGGAACCGGACCCACCUGUACGUGUGUGGAACGGGCGCCUACAACCCCAUCUGCACCUACGUGGACCGCGGGCGCAGGUCGCAGGGCUUCCACUACCUGCAGGCGUCCCAGUCGGGAGGGAGAACGAAUCGGGCCGCAGACUACAGCACUACAUCAGAGCCUUUGGAGGCAAAGGAAUACAUUUUCAGGCUGGAGCCUGGUAAAGUGGAUUCUGGGAAAGGAAAAUGUCCUUUUGACCCCAAACUGAACAGCGUCUCGGCUCUAAUCAAUGGAGAGCUGUACGCCGGCGUCUACAUCGACUUCAUGGGAACGGACUCGGCCAUCUUCCGCACGCUGGGGAAGCAGACCGCCAUGAGGACGGAUCAGUACAACUCCAGAUGGUUGAACGACCCCACGUUUGUCCAUGCGCACCUCAUCCCAGAUAGCGCUGAGAAGAACGAUGACAAGCUGUAUUUCUUCUUCCGGGAGAAGGCGUCUGAGAUGGGCCAAAGCCCCAUGACGCAGUCCAGGAUAGGACGCAUUUGCCUGAAUGACGACGGUGGACACUGCUGCCUGGUGAACAAGUGGAGCACGUUCCUGAAGGCCCGGCUCAUCUGCUCGGUGCCCGGCGCCGACGGCAUCGAGACGCACUUUGACGAACUCAGGGAUGUCUAUAUCCAACCAACCCAAGACACUAAGAACCCUGUCAUCUACGGAGUCUUCUCAGUUUCAGGAUCCGUCUUUAAAGGUUCUGCGGUGUGCGUCUACUCCAUGGCCGACAUCCGGAUGGUCUUCAAUGGGCCGUUUGCCCACAAGGAGGGGCCCAACUACCAGUGGGUGGCGUACACGGGGAAGAUCCCAUAUCCACGGCCCGGCACUUGUCCCGGAGGCACUUUCACCCCCAACAUGAAAUCCACAAAGGAUUAUCCAGACGAGGUGAUCAACUUCAUGAGAAACCACCCCACCAUGCACAAUGCCGUUUACCCAGUGCACAAGCGCCCCCUGGUGGUCAGGACCAACGUGGACUAUGAGUUCACCACCAUCGCUGUCGACCAAGUGGCAGCAGCGGAUGGGAGCUACGAGGUGCUCUUCCUGGGCACAGAUCGGGGGACGGUCCAGAAAGUGAUCGUCCUGCCCAGAGAUGACUUGCAGACCGAGGAGCUGGUCUUGGAGGAGGUUGAAGUCUUCAAGGUGCCCACACCGAUCACCACCAUGAAGAUUUCAUCGAAACGCCAACAGCUGUAUGUGGGAUCAGUCCUGGGUGUGACCCACCUGGCUCUCCAUCGCUGUGACGUGUACGGGGAAGCCUGCGCCGACUGCUGCCUGGCCAGAGACCCGUACUGCGCCUGGGACGGGAAGUCCUGCUCCCGAUACUCGGCUUCGCAGAAGAGACGGAGCCGUCGCCAGGAUGUAAAAUACGGCAACCCGAUCCGUCAGUGCAGAGGUUAUAACGCCAACGCUAAAAAGGACACCCCAGAGACGGUUCAGUACGGCGUGGAGGGGAGCACGACGUUCCUGGAGUGUCAGGCCCGGUCCCCUCACAUGUCCCUGAAGUGGCACAAGGAGAACAACGACAGGAGAAAAGAGUUGCGCUCCGAAGGGCGUUUCCUCAAAACAGAGCAGGGUCUUCUGAUCCGCUCGCUGCAGGCCUCCGACGGCGGCGUCUACCAGUGCACGUCCACCGAGAAGAACUUCAAGCACACGGUCAUCAAGCUGCAGCUCGUGGUUCUGUCCAGCCGCACCGUCAACGGGCUGCUGGUGGACACGGGGAGCCCGGCGCUGCCGCCGCUCCAGUCCAGCGCCUGGACUCCCAGCGCCGGCCAGUACAAGGACCUGCUGACCAUCCUCAGCCAGCCGGAGAUGGGCCUCAUCAACCAGUACUGCCAGGACUACUGGCAGCUCGGGGACGGCGGCCUCGGGGACAACAAGGGCAAAAGCCUGAAGGAGCUGAAGGAGCAGAAGAAGCCUCGCAACCGCCGGCAUCACGAGGAGCAAACGCCUCCUGCCGAGACAUGAGGCGCCGGACCUCCGCGCACCGCGUCAUCCUCCCUCCUUGCUUUUCACUCCAGCCCCUGAACACCAACUCUUUAUUUAGGGGAAUGACUCCAGUGGAACCAUUAAAAAAAAAGUCUAAGUAUCAUAAUGGACAAUACAGACACUGCAACCAAAAGCAACAGCAUCAAACUGUUUUUAUGUAACAAAAAACCCCAAUAUUUAUUGUAGGUUGUAAAAAGUAAUUCUUUGUACCUAUCUAGAAAACAUUUGUGAAUAGGUAAAACUGUGCAAAUAUUAUUAUAUAAUUAUUGUUAGUGUUAUUUGUUUAUUACAAUGUGUUACGUUGCAAAUAUCCCUAUGUUUGGUGGUGCUGAGCGGAACCACGGCAGAGAAUCCACAGACGGACACGGACUGAUCAGCGCGAGAGGUUCCAGGCGACCGUUGGAUCAUUUGACUGCUGGCAGUGUUCACAGUCUAAGCUGGAAUCUGGUCUCCAGGAAACCUCCCUCGGCACAAAACUCUCGGCGCGGAGCCGGAGACGGUGGCACCGAAUGGGACGUGUGAGGACGAUCCGUGUCCGGUGACGGCGGCGGCGGCGGCACAUCGCAGCGACGGCCGCGUCUAAAAGCCUGAAGGCAGGUUAGAGGAUGCGGUCCAGCCUCGCCUCCAGCAUCACUCGCCCGAACUCUUCCAGAAUCUGUGUUCUGUUUAUAUGUGAAUAUCACAUUUCAGUGGUUGUACCUUUUAACAAACGUGGUCUUUGUGAUAAGCUGUUUUUUUUUUUUUUUUUGUUUUUGUUUGUUUUUUUAUGACACAAAAGCCGAAAAUAGAACAUUGCCUUCUCCUUUCUGUCCCUUUUGGAUCUGAAAUUCCAGCAGGCAGCUAUAUGUUGCAGCUAUGUGAGCUCGUGACAGCUGAAUUCAUGACUUCUGUUGCCCAAUUAGUGACGCUGGUACCCAGUAAGUGCUUCACACGUGUCUGUGAACUGUGGGGCAGCGCAUUCAUGCGAGAGAGAGAGAGUGGUUUCUGAGCUCAAAGGGUUUUUAGGUUUAGUGAACCCAAUGUUUGCAUUCCUACCGGUGACGAGACAAAUACUGGGGAACAUUGAGCGAACGGGUCUACACCUCAGUCACAGCACAGGGACAAACUGUUGCUGCAGUCCGGUGCUGUCCCGUGAACAACUGGGCCACAAACCUAAAAUAAAACGUUUGUAUUGAGAAACAAACGGCGGGAAAAAAAAUGUCACGAGUAAAAAUCCCUGACGAGCUGAAGCGAAGCCUGUGAAACCAUCGUCUGGAGGUGGAAGUUCACCGUGCAUGACCUGUACAGUAUGUGUAUGUGGUAUUUGUCUAAAACGCUGUGUUGCUGUGGAUGUCGGUGAAUGUCCGUCUUGUUGUGGGAAUAUGGAAACGCGAUUAGGGGGAAGUGAUUAGGAUUCCUCUCUCUUCUCCUUCUCUGUCCGAGUCCUAGUCUGUUUUUUUCCUUUUGGUUAUCAGAGUUUUUGCAAAACAAAUGUGCAUCUAUUUCAAAACAGGUAUUUAUUUUCUCUGUUUGGCAGAAUUUACUCUGGGUCAUAGAUACAUACGAUAUAAUGCACAAUUGAUGUAAUUGUAAUGACUUGUAAAAAUGAUCUUUUCUUCUUCCUCAGUGUUGCUGACUAAUAAAUUAAAGCUCUAUAUUUUAUAAUAA